AUGACUAUCGUUACAGUCAAACAUGUCGCCAUCGCCGAGCUGGUCGUCUACAUACCCAUAUCCCUGGUGACACUCCUCGUUGUUCUUCGUCAUGGCUUUCACAAACAGCUGGGCUGGAUCUAUCUCUUCAUCUUCAGCGGGAUCAGAAUCGCUGGUGCCGUGAUGGAGAUCAUCAGUGAGAAGCAUCCCGACAACACCAGCGACGUGGAAUGGGCAACCAUAUUGCAAUCAGUGGGACUUUCCCCUCUGUUGUUAUCGAGUCUGGGUCUUUUGAAGAGAGUCUUUGAUGAGAUCUGCCAGCAUGGGCCAUCCUCUCCAGGCUCCCGACACAAUAUGUUAUUGCAGGAGUUGAGCUCAGUGAGUGGUAUUGCAACAAAACUUAUUGGAAUAUAUUCCCAAAAAGCGACUGCUAUUUCGGGUCGCAGCAAAAUCGUCCAGCUCCUUCAUGUUCCGUCCCUAAUCGCUUUGAUUCUUUCAAUCAUGGGCGGUACAGACCAAGCCUCUUCGAAUCCGUCCGACCACGCCGGAGGAAAGACCGAAACCCGCGUUGGGAUUAUCAUAUUCCUCGCAGUAUAUGUCGCCCUCUGCAUCCUCUGGUUGACGACCGUCAAGGACCUACAACGGAUGGCAUCAAGCCAGAAGCGCAUCAUUGGAGUGGUGCUAAUAGCAUUGCCCUUGAUCGCCUGUCGCUUGCUGUACAGUCUGAUCAGUGACUUCAGCCAUGACCGUCGUUUCUCGCUUGUCUCUGGGGACGUCACAAUCCGCCUGUGCAUGGCUAUCAUCGAGGAGUUUUUGGUGGUGUUGAUGUACACGAUACUUGGCGUUUUUACCCCUCGAUCGGAUGCCAACAGGGUCCCUUCGAGCCCUCAACAAUGGCCGUAUGGGACUGCGGACCCAGAGUCCCAUACCGCACCUAUUGUCCCUCGCGGUGCUGGUCGUCAGAAGUAUGAACCUGUUGGACCCGAGUACAGCCAUCUCCGACAGUGA